AUGCUGCGUGUUGUGCCCUCGCCCUUUCGCUGCCGCCACCUCUGGCAGAGGCUUCGUCGCCAUGGGUUCGACUCACAGUCUUUCCAGGUGCGCGCGUCGGUCAUGCGCAUGUCGACCGUAUCGGGUGCUCGCACAUCGCCGAAGACCGCCAAUAGCUCGCCAGGCGUCCUUGGAGGGCUGACGUUAGCUGCCUUUGGGGCCGGUCUCGGUAUCAGCUUGUUUUGGCCACGAUCAGAGAAGUUGGUAAUUCACUAUGCUAGCAGACAAGGCAUGCUAAAGGCAGCUCGGGAGAUUGAAUCGAUACUUGGGGACGAGGCAGUAAGCUACGACGACGAUGAUAUUGAAACUCAUGCCCUCUCGGACUGGUCCAGCGUCAACUCGGCAGGCCGUGCUGUGGCCGUCGUAUAUGUGAAAAGCACCGACGAGGUGGCGAAGGCUGUUUCCAUCUUACCUUACGGAGCUGGUUCCUCGAUCGAAGGAAACUUCUCGUCUCCAUAUGGAGGCCUAAUUAUCGACGUCACAUACAUGGACAAAAUUAUCGCCUUUCACCCCGAGGAUAUGGAUAUAGUAGUCCAACCUGGCGUGAACUGGGUUGAUCUCAAUAGAAAGAUAAAGGACGAGAACCUCUUUCUACCCCUGGACCCAUCGCCAACAGCAACCAUCGGUGGCAUGAUCGGGACUAAUUGUAGCGGAACCAAUGCUUUCCGUUACGGGACUAUGAAGGACUGGGUUAUCAAUGUCACUGUGGUACUCGCUGACGGUCGAAUUAUCAAGACUAGGCGAAGGCCUCGCAAGACAUCUGCCGGUUACAACUUGACAUCUCUCUUUGUUGGAGCUGAGGGUACCCUGGGCAUCGUCACCGAGGCCACCCUCAAGCUUGCCGUGGUACCCACAGAAACGAGUGUCGCGGUCUUCUCCUUCCCCAAUAUCUCCGCUGCCGCCUCAGCAACCUCCAAACUCAUUCGUUCUGGCAUUCAGUUGGCCGCCAUGGAGCUGAUGGACGACACCCAAAUGGGCAUCGUCAGCAAACACGGCAGCGAAGAUGUUCGGAACAUGCACUGGGAGGAGACCCCGGCUCUCUUCCUCAAGUUCUCCGGUCAUUCCAAGGAAAGUGUGAAGGCUGACAUUUCCCGCACGAAAGAUAUCAUUGCGACGUGUAGCCCUUCGCGAUAUGUUUUUGCCAAGACCAAGGACGAAGAGGUCAAGUUCUGGGCUGCUAGGAAAGAAGCGCUAUGGACGAUGACUUCGAUCAAACCCGAAGGAUACUCCAUAUGGUCCACCGACGUGGCUGUUCCUAUCUCUAGACUCGCAGAUAUCAUCGAGAUCUCUAAACAAGAGGGAGCGGAACUGGGCGUCUUCACUAGUAUAGCUGGACACGUCGGAGAUGGCAAUUUUCACGAGGCUUUGAUUUACGAUCCCAAGAAUGAAACCCAUCUAGCAGCUGUCAAGCAAGCGGUUCACAACAUGAUUACUCGCGCCUUGCAGAUGGAAGGCACCGUGUCGGGCGAGCACGCUAUCGGAAUGGGGAAAAUUGAAUGCCUCAUAGAUGAGCUUGGCCUCGUCACCAUGCAACUUAUGAAGCAGUUGAAGCACGCUGUUGACCCCAUGUGA